AUCAAUUGUGUAACGCUAGAGCUCAAACCAAAACGUGCGCGCAGGAGGGAAGGGUCCAGGAAGAGUUUGGGAACCUCCGUGAGACUAGGGUGCAAUAGGGUUCAAAGGCGCGCUUGUUCGACUCUAUUGCGCAUGCCCACUUCAGAUGAAACGGUACUGUCACAGUAUCAGCCGUAAUUCUCUAAAGAGACACGCCCCAAAUCAUUUUAUUCUCUCAAUUCAGAAAAUUAAAUAGGUUACCCACAAGUGGCAAGGACGAUACAUAGUAUUUACAAAGACACACAGUAACAUGCCGCGUAAAUGUGAUGUUAGUUUAUUUUCGAUUUUAUCGUUGGAAAAUCAGGAAUCAGUCUCGAGUCCCGUUUCAUCCAGACGAAGAAAGCGCAUGUGAGGUAGUCUACUCUAGUCAGUGGUACAGUACGAUGUGCAAACUCAAUGAGGAAAUCUUUUUUUUAUCAAGGCAAUGAUCAUCAACGAACAGUGGACUGCACUCCUGCUUACCUUUCUUAUAGGCCUAAACACAUUCUUUUGUAAUACCGAAGAGGCAUCUUGCCAUGGAGCUUUUGAUAUUUAUUUUGUUUUAGACAGGUCUGGGAGUGUGCAUGAUAACUGGGGAGAGAUCUAUGAGUUUGUGGAGCAGCUCACCAACCGCUUUGUGAGCCCUAGGAUGAGAGUUUCCUACGUAGUUUUCUCAUCUAAAGCAGAGGUGAUUCUACCACUAACUGGAGACAGAUAUGAAAUAGAUGAAGGCUUGAAAAAGUUAAGCAAAAUCAGACCGGCUGGUGAAACAUACAUGCACGAAGGCAUGAAGUCGGCCUCAGAGCAGAUGAAGGCCCAGGUCACACGGUCAUCCAGUAUUAUCAUAGCUCUGACUGAUGGGAAACUGGAAGUCUAUCCUUAUGAACUGACCGUAAAGGAGGCAAACACCGCCAGGGAGUUUGGUGCUCGGGUGUACUGUGUUGGUGUGAAAGACUUUGAUGAGAGCCAGCUUGUUGACAUUGCAGACAGCAAAGACCAAGUGUUCCCAGUGCUGGCUGGAUUUCGUGCACUCAAAAGCAUUGUGAAUUCGAUUUUGAAGCAGUCCUGCACAGAAAUAUUCAGGAUAGAGCCCACUAGUGUUUGCGUAAAUGAAUCUUUCAACAUCGUCCUGAGAGGAUAUGACUUUACCCGUGGCAGGAGCCAGGAUGGAGUGAUCUGCGUUCUCACUGUCAACCAGAAGACAUACAAUGAGAGGCCCAAUGUGGUGCAGGAUGGCUAUUUGUUGUGUCCAGCACCAGUGCUGCAUGAAGUCGGACAAUCGAUAGAUGUGCUGAUCAGCUUGAACAACGGACAGUCCUACAUCUCAAGCCCAUUCACUAUCUACGCUACAACUUGUUCUGAUGGGACAGUGGUGCUGGUCCUGAUCUUAGUUCUACUCCUGCUGCUGGCUCUGCCUCUGCUGUGGUGGUUCUGGCCGCUCUGCUGCACUAUUGUGAUCAAGGACCCCCCUCCCCGUCGCCCCCCUCCUCCUCUCCCGCCUCCUCCAGUACCUGAACCAGAGGUGGACCCUCUACCCAAGAGGAAGUGGCCCAUGGUGGAUGCAUCAUACUAUGGGGGAAGAGGUAUCGGAGGAAUGAAACGCAUGGAGGUUCGUUGGGGUGAGAAAGGCUCCACAGAGGAAGGUGCACGGCUCGAGAAAGCCAAGAAUGCGGUGGUCACAAUGGUGGAGGAGGAGGUGGAAGAACCGAUCAUUAGAAAACCAAUGCCUCAGAGACCACCCCCUACUUAUCACACCCCAGAACAGUCCAAAUGGUACACACCCAUCAAGGGGCGUUUUGAUGCGCUGGUGCCGUUACUCAGGCGACAGUAUGAUCGAGUUGCUGUCCUGAGACCAACAGCACAGGACAGGGGGCGCUGCAUGAAUUUCACCCGAGUUCCCAGUCAUUAGGUCAAACAGUAAUCUCUGGACUAUGAGGCUAUGGAGAGAACAGGGCUAUGGACCACAUGCCUAAACAUCAUCAAUGUGCCGCUCUUUGGACUUAGUGUUUGUUUUUAUGUCAGAUUUAUUUAUCCAGGUUUGUCUUUGGAUAAAACAAACGUAUUCGGCAGCAUUCAAUAAUGUUAGCUUGCUUACUUGCUAUACAAUCCUCAUGUCACGGUUUCAUUUAAUUUAAUUUAUGUGUAACCAUAGAUCAAAGAACAUGUGGUAAGAGGAUAACUGUGUUAUUGAGUGCCUUCUUGUGUCUUUUCUUAUCAAGAAUGAAGUGUAUUUUGCUUCUUUUUUAUUUAAGCUCUGUUGUUCCAGAUGUGGUGUUGUAAAUAAAUACUUUUUAAAAAUUC